ACUCUAUGUUUUAUUCAUUCGUUUAGAUAAAUAUAUUUUAAUUACGCUAUAGUUUGCGUCAAGUUCUAUUAUUAAUGGAGUACACAUGCCUCCUCUAAGGAAAAACUUGAUCAAAUGAAAAGGAUAUUUUGAAUUGAUGAUGAUAUUUUUAGAACAUAGUGGUCUUAGUAAAAUUGCAGCUCUAUUACAUAGUUUUGAUGCAACAGAUCGUCUUUUUGACGCAAAACUCGAAUUGGUAUCGUAUUCACGCUCAAACAAUAUUUUAAAAGAUGAUAUUAAUAUCCAUCCUCCACACUUAUCGGAUGAUGAUAUAAUAACACAUUUCAAAACACUCAUGAACAAAUGCUUUCCGGACUAUGAUUUUAGCAACAUUAAUCACACAUAUUUUAAAGAAGUCAAGAAUUUGGAUAUUGUAAUAAACACCGUAUACUACAAUUUAUCAUUCAUUGUCGGCCGAUUACUACCAAAUUUUGCCGAUGAGUUCUGGCAAACAAUAAAGCAAGUUAUUUCCAUUAAAGAUGUCGAUAUAUACACUUACGACAGCUCCGGGGAAGAUGAUCCUUUCAAUUCUGAAACAUGUUUAAAUUCGUUUAACUACUUCCUUUUGGAUAAAAGGCAACAGCAUAUACUGUUUGUCUCAUGUAUUAGUAGAAGUAGAAACGAUUCACGCUACAAAAACAAUGAGGAACCUCAGUUAUUUCAUUCUUCAAUUUACGCAGACACGCUAAGCACAAAAAGUGAAGAAGAUUGUCUCUCUGAGAUUGAAGUUCCCGAAACCUUCAUGGUCAAUGUAAAGAAUAGCUUUUGAUUUGGAAGGUGACUGUUGCACGAUAAUUUGGGAAAACUCC